CUCCUUUGUAUAAAUCACUCUCCUCCUGCGCUACGUGCACCAAAGCUCGCCUACCAGCAACCAGCAAGCGCUCUCUCUGCAGAAGCUUCCAGAACCUUCCGGGAGCCCUGCCCUGCCGGAGCCAAUGGCGCGCAAGAAGAUCCGGGAGUACGACUCCAAACGCCUCCUCAGGGAGCAUCUCAAGCGCCUCGCCGCCAUCGACCUCCAAAUCCUCUCCGCCCAGGUCACGCAAUCAACAGACUUCGAGGAGCUAGUGAACCAGUAUCCAUGGCUGUCGACCAUGAAGCUGGUUGUGAAGCCCGACAUGCUGUUUGGGAAGCGUGGGAAGAGUGGCCUCGUGGCACUCAACCUGGACAUUGUGCAAGUCAAGGAGUUUGUCAAGGAGCGGCUCGGAGUCGAGGUAGAGAUGGGUGGCUGCAAGGCUCCUAUUACGACCUUCAUAGUUGAGCCGUUUGUGCCACAUGAUCAAGAGUACUACCUUUCAAUUGUGUCGGAGAGGUUGGGCAGCACCAUUAGCUUCUCUGAAUGUGGAGGAAUUGAAAUCGAGGAGAACUGGGACAAGGUUAAGACAGUCUUUCUUCCAACUGAGAAGCCAAUGGCACCUGAUGCCUAUGCUCCCUUGAUUGCAGCCCUUCCACUGGAGGCACGUGGAAAGAUCAGUGAUUUCAUUCAAGGAGUGUUUGCUGUGUUCCAAGACUUGGAUUUCUCAUUUAUUGAGAUGAACCCAUUCACCAUGGUGAAUGGGGAGCCAUAUCCGCUUGACAUGAGAGGAGAACUGGAUGACACUGCAUCUUUCAAGAACUUCAAGAAGUGGGGAAAUGUAGAAUUCCCUCUACCAUUUGGCAGAGUUCUCAGCUCUACAGAAAGCUUUAUCCAUGACCUGGACGAUAAGACCAGUGCAUCUCUGAAGUUUACAGUUUUGAACCCAAAGGGACGCAUCUGGACAAUGGUUGCAGGAGGUGGUGCCAGUGUCAUAUAUGCUGACACAGUUGGAGAUUUGGGAUAUGCUUCAGAGUUAGGAAAUUAUGCAGAGUACAGUGGUGCUCCCAACGAGGAGGAGGUUCUGCAAUAUGCAAGAGUAGUACUAGAUUGUGCAACUGCUGAUCCUGAUGGCCGUAAGAGAGCCCUUCUCAUUGGAGGUGGUAUAGCCAACUUCACUGAUGUCGCUGCCACAUUUAGUGGCAUCAUUCGGGCCUUAAGAGAGAAGGAAUCCAAGUUAAAGGCUUCCAGGAUGCACCUCUAUGUUCGACGAGGUGGACCAAAUUACCGAACUGGACUGGCUAAAAUGCGCAAGCUUGGUGCAGAAAUUGGCGUUCCAAUUGAGGUCUAUGGACCCGAAGCGACAAUGACCGGCAUUUGCAAACAAGCAAUUGAAUGCAUCAUGGCUGCAGCAUAAAUCACAAUGCAGUUGUGGUCUUGUGGAGUAGUUUGGCACCUGCAAACAAGAAACUGGAGGCGCCAUGGCUGCGGCAUAAAUGGGAAUGUAGUUGCAGUACCUCACCAUUACGUGGUUGAUUACCCUUUUUCUGAAGUUAAUUAAACAAACACAUAGAAUGUUGUCCGAAAGCAGACACUAUGGUUGCCAUGCAGUAAAUGAAAGGUUUAGCAUUUUCUUUUUUGACCUGCUCAUUGAGCUGCAUUUUUUUUGGGGGUCUCACCACACUAUAAUGUGCUCAUACACAAAUAAUGAUGUUCCUGCCUUCUCUGGAUAGCAAAACUGUAUUUCCUGAACUUAGUUAUCUUUUGAAGUUCAAGUGGUAUGGACUUUGAUAUUUGUGUCA